AUGGACGACCCCGGCGGCGAGGGAGCCUCGUGGCUUUUUGGAUCACGGUACGAAUUACUAGCAGACUCAUCAGGAAAUGGAAACAGAGUUCCAGUUGGAAAUAAAACACCAAAACCUAAGCAAAACAAACGAACGGCAGCAAAAGAUGCGAACAACGAUAUCGACUAUAGAAAACUACAACGAAUCGACGGAAGCAACAAUGGCGGACGGUACUUAAUCUUGACUAGGACGGACGGUGGCCGAACGAUGAGCAACGUGUCUCCAUUCCUCAUUAAAAAAGCUAUCGAUAAUAUAACACCAAAUGUACAAAUUAGCCGAAUAAGAGACGGUUCCUUACUGCUCAAGAUAAUUGAUCAAAAUCAAGCCGUGAAGUUGAUGAAGCAGUCUACUCUAGCAAGUAGAAUUGGUAUUAAAAUUUGCGAACACCCAACCCUGAAUCAAUCACGAGGUACAAUCUAUUGUCCCGAUUUGAUAUCGUUGAAAGACGAAGAAAUACUUGAAAAGAAGUCAGAAGAUACAGGCAGAUUUAUUCUGACCUUCAAUCUAUCUCAAAUUCCACUAACAAUGGAUGUAGGGUUCUACAAUUGUCGCGUACGGCAAUACGUUCCAGCUCCGUUACGAUGCACAAAUUGCCUGAAGUUUGGACACAAAGCAGACCAAUGCCGAGGAAACAAAGUUUGCGCCGAUUGCGCACAACUGUACCACGAUAAUGCUUCAUGUAGCUCUAAGCAAUUCUGCGUAAACUGCCGCAAUGAGCACAAUUCAUGGUCUAAAAAGUGCCCAAUCUACGAGGACGAGUUUGAAAUACAGCGAAUUCGAGUGACCGAAAAGCUACCCAUGCGUGAGGCGAGGAAAAAGAGACGAUCCCAGGUUCCUGCUCCCGUUUUGCAACAACAACACCAAACCGAUCUUUUGCUGGAGUGCUGA